AUGUGCUGCAAGUCAUGCAACGGUGUCACCGUAGAUUAUCGAGAACGAGGUGCUGAGUUUUUCAAUACAAAAAAUGACACAUCUAUCUGCUUUGAUCGGAUGAGUAAAUCUUACUGUAGCAGAUUCCAUUCAAACCUCGGUACCUGGAGCACAAAACGAUGGUCCUGUAACUCAGAGCAUUUCCGACUCGCAUUUCGAGUAUGUCGAGAGAGUUGUGGCUUCUGCACGAUGGACUGGCGCAACUCACCAUCGCCUAUGAAAUGUAUUUGA